AUGGGUCCAAGAGGCGGCUCAUCAGGUGCCACAUACAUACCAUUAAAUAGAUCGUCUACUUUCUUGAGAUCUUUUAACCAUAAAAAAGUACUAGAAGAUGAAUUCGCGAUAGCCAACGUGCAGUGUCAGUACGAGUGCAGCGACACGGAGGUGGACGAGCGCGCGAGUCGUGUCACCGGCGACCACAACUAUGACACGCGAGACGAGCCACCGGCUUUCAUCAUACAUCAAGUACCUGCUUCGUCCUCAUCGCAAGGCCCGUUCGUGGAGGUGCGUCCCGGGCUCAUGACGCUGACGCCGGGCUGCGUGCCGGCCGUCAACGUAAUACACAUUGGAGAGAGGUCACAGGUAACAAAUAGCAUGGUGGUGGGCAACACUAACAACAACGUGGGCAGCCCCGGCGCCGCGCCGGCCGGGCAGGACUACAGCAUGAGUAUGAACAAGAGGAUCCGGAGGAGUGAGGUGGUGCUGCGGCAGGCGGCGGACUGCGUGUCGCGCGGGUCCACCUUCCAGACCGUGUCCGAGCAGUUCAACAUCCCCAUCUCCACCAUACGAUUCUUCAUGGCCCGUAAAGGAAUCCUUCCUCGACGUCGUCGUGGAAGAACUACACAUUUAGCGCGCACGUGCAGUAGUCCGGAGGAGCCGCCCUUCCACAUGCAACACUUCAAGUUGCCAGAUAUGCUAGCUCUGAAGGCGGACGACGAACCUAAUACC